CAGCAGCCGGUUCUUUUCCAACUGAUAAAAAUGGAGUAACCUCCACGGAGCUGGUCGUUUGUAACCUUCAGUGAACUGCUGCUGCUGUUGUUGCAGCAUCAGGUGAGCGCCAUGAUGAUGGAGAGGGAAAUGAAAGGAAGAGCUGCUCAGACUCUAACGUGUGGCAGUGAAAGGAUCGACCCCUACGGCUUCAGGAGACACGAUUUCGAUUCGUACACGGAGAUGAUGAACGAGUACGUCGCGGUCCUCAACAGGAGGUCCAUGAGGUGGUCCAAGCUCCUCCAAGAGACACCCCAAAUAGAGAAGAACUUGACAGUGAAGCGGUAUGUGCGUAAAGGAGUGCCUAAUGAGCUCCGAGCCACGAUCUGGAUGGCAGCGAGUGGCGCCCAGGAGCAACUGGAGAGUAACCCGCAAUAUUACCAGUCCCUGCUGGCCAUAGAACACGACCCCAAACUGAAGGACACCAUUGACGCAGACAUCCACAGAACCUUUCCCGACAACGUCCUCUUCCAGAGCAAAGCUGAGCCGAGCCUGCAGAAGGCUCUGAACAACGUGCUCCUGGCCUAUGGACACCAUAAUAAAGCAGUGGGUUACUGUCAGGGCAUGAACUUCAUUGCAGGCUACCUUAUCCUUGUCACCAAAGAUGAAGAGAAGUCCUUCUGGCUAAUGGAUGCAUUGUUGGGCAGAAUACUCCCAGACUACUACAAACCUUCCAUGUUGGGGCUGAAGACAGACCAUGAGGUUCUUGGGGAGCUGGUGAAGGUUAAAGCCCCUGCAAUAGGACAACUCAUGGACCAGUUUCCUGGCAUAUGGACCCUGGUCGUCUCACGCUGGUUCAUCUGCCUCUACAUUGACAUUCUCCCCAUUGAGACAGUCCUGCGGAUCUGGGAUUGUCUUUUCUAUGAAGGCUCCAAGGUUAUUUUCCGUGUCGCUCUGACGCUCAUCGUUCACCACCAGCCAGAGAUCCUGAGAGCUCGCUCUUUGGGCGAUGUGUGCACCUGUUUCAAGGAGAUCACCUGUGGAGCUUUCACUCUGGACUGUCACGCAUUCAUGCAGAAAAUAUUUUCAGAACCUGGAAGUCUCUCCAUGGCAACCAUCGAGAGACUGAGAGAGAAAUACAGACAACGAAUCCUCGUGGAAGAAUCUGGACAGUCGUAAAAGUUUCUGGUUCUGAAUCCACCACCGUGUACUUGUUUAUCAUGAUGGACUCACUGACAGAUCUGGAGGAUGUUUCUGAAGCUCCUUAAAUGAACUUUAAAUGGCAGGUUUUUCCUUCUUCUGAAGAUCAUGGUUCAGCUGUGGAUCCUUCACGAUCAUCACCUGCCUGACACUUUGAUCCAAGUGUUUACACUCAUCAUAUCAGAGGACUUUUCGCAGUUACCGUGCAUAUGCUUUUUGCGUUUCCAUUAGAAGUAGUAGUGAAAUAACCAGCCCCAACUGUACCCUUCCCUGUUUAUGAGUAAAUUACCCAGAUGUCCACUAGGGGCGAUUAACUAACUAAUGGAAGACCAUUGCCAUGGAAAAAAAGGGAAUUCAGGGUUCCCACAUCUUGAUUCCCCUCAAAUCCAAUGACUUUAAGGACUUUCCUGUUCCCCUCAAAUUCACUUGGUGAACUUGUGCAAGUGAUUGUCUUUUGGAUCUUGGUCAAGGUCAGUCUUUGUCAUUUUUUUCAGUGAGACAAAGAUAUCGGAAUUUUCAUUUCCCAGCCAUCUCCUUAUUAACUCUCUCUUGCUCAACUUUACUCGCUCAUUUUGUUCGGUCGACGGCGGAGAGAGCGACAGUGGACGGUGUCCACAACACCGCUAGUGAUUAUGACUCAGUGUUUGUUCUGCGUAGGCCUAGUCAAGUAAUGCAGGGCAUGAAACAGUAGGUGACAUCGUAACAAACAAGGCAGACAUUUACCUAAACGUCAACUUUACUUCUUCUUACUUCUGGCACAAAAUCCAAGCACUUUCAAUGACUUUCAAUCUAUUUAGGGUGAUUUUCACAAACUGUCAAGGAUUUCAAGGACCUAUGAGAACACUGGGAAUUGGACUUUAACCUGAGGGUCACUGGUUUAAAUCCUGGGAUGGGUCCCCCACCCCCAUUGCUCCCUGGGUCAAAUGGUUCCACACUAAUUCCAUAAUUUGAUUUAUGGAAAUGGUUAUUUACAUUAUUUUUCAUAUAUUUAUAUUGUUAAAAAGAAACCAGAUAAUUACUGCAAAUCUGUUUGCUCGUUUAACUGAAUUUUAAAAGUGGUUACAAACCGGUUGAACUGCUGUAGGAGCUCCGUUGACUGUUGAGCAAAGUAAAGAUACACAACAUUAUAAAAGACGGAAACGUCGAGUUGUAAAAUGAUUAUAAAACAGAAUUUAACAAUCAAAUUCAGAGCUAUACUUUAUGGCAGCAAUAAACAUGUAACCAAUUUUUGUGAAUUA